AAAGGGGAAAAAGAGGGUAGUUGGGCAUAAUAUUCGCAUAAAUGUACUUAUAACAUCAAGUAUACAUACCGUUGGUUACAGAUUAGUUCUCUGUAUGCAAAUAUACUAUGCAGCCAUACCUGCAGUUGCUGUUCAUAAAUGUUUGCCAUAAUUUUGUAAAUUUCUGAAGUUGUAUAUUUGAAGUUAGUUUAUACUAGUGUGUCUUUGUAUACAAAUGUCAUGGUGUCACACAUAGCCACUGUUACAUGCUCGAUCAUUGAUACAAUUGUAUAUGGUGUCGACAUUGCUUUUCCCAAACAGAAAGAAAAACUACAUUUUUGUAUAUGUUUGAAUUAAACAGUAAAAGAAUGUUUGAAAUAAUACAGUUUCACUUGAUAAGUCGGUCCUUUUUGCAAAUGCAAAACUAACUAAAUGCCCUGUGGAACUUAGAGAGUUAACCGUUUUUAACUUUAUCUUCUGUUGGUCAUUUGGAAACCACCAAGGUGUAUUACCAGGAGGCAUUAUCAGAUUGAAGGCACAGCAAGCCAACACACUGGGCUGAGUCUAUUCUUUGUUGAAGGACGGCCUCUUCCUGUGUUCAAUUACAGUGUGUGUGUGUGAGAAAGCACACAGAGGAACGCACUUCUCCUGGAACCAGAGGAGGCUGCUGCUUCAGAAGGGACAGAGAGAAAGAGAGCACUUCUUGGAUUUAUAUUUGUAACAGGGACACAAUUCCCUGACUCACCAACAGAAAUCCAGAUAAAGCUGUGCUGGCAAGAAGCAAACUCGAGUGUCUGGAUUGCCCAGGAGUUAUUACAAAUACUGCACACCGACUAGGAAUGUGAGCUUCAUUCUUUCCACACAAGGUGAAUAAGGUAACUCCGCUUUGUUGCUUUGCUGGAUAAAAGGUGGAUAUCUUCGAACUGGCAACAACCAUGCCUUACAACGGUGGAUUUUGAGGAAGCAAUAAAAGUGCCGUCUGCAUGGGAGCAGAUGUUUAUUGCUGUACAACUGCACAGUGCUAUUAACCUCAGUGGGGAAAAAAAAGACAGAAAGGAAUGCCUUGCAAGUGAUGUACAAAGCUCUCAGGGAGAUCCCUGUUCCACCUCACACCUCUGAACGACAAAGGAGAGUCCUUUACAGUCUGCAGAAAGGCACAUGAAUUCUACAAAUGAACCCUAAUUGCGGACUCAAGCCAAAAUACAAACAAGAAAACCCUGUAAAACUUCUGUAAACUUAGAACAGGAACUCUGCUAUGAUGGUAAGCAACAACAGCACAGAUUGCAAUGUUGAUGACGAUUUUAAAUACACCCUGUACGGCUGCAUGUUUAGCAUGGUGUUUGUACUCGGACUGAUAGCAAACUGUGUUGCCUUAUAUAUAUUUGGCUGUACCCUAAAGGUGCGGAAUGAGACAACAACGUACAUGAUAAAUUUGGCAAUAUCGGACCUUCUGUUCGUAUUUACGCUGCCAUUCAGGAUUUUUUACUUUGUGGCUAGAAACUGGCCUUUUGGAGAUAUCCUGUGCAAGAUAUCGGUCACACUGUUUUAUACAAAUAUGUAUGGAAGCAUCCUGUUUCUGACUUGCAUUAGCGUCGAUCGGUUUUUGGCCAUUGUCUACCCUUUUCAGUCGAAAACUAUCAGGACGAAAAAAAAUGCAAAAAUCGUAUGUCUCACAGUAUGGGUCACAGUGAUCGCAGGGAGUGUACCGGCGAGUUUCUUUCGCUCUACUAAUGCAGUGUACAAGAGCAAUAACACUGAAACCUGCUUCGAGAACUUCUCCAGUGACACAUGGAAAACAUACUUAUCCAAGAUCGUGAUCUUCAUUGAAAUAGUGGGGUUCUUUAUACCCCUAAUUCUCAACAUAUUCUGUUCCACAAUGGUUUUAAAGACUCUGAAAAGACCGGUCACUUUAAGCAGAAGCAAACUGAACAAAAAAAAGGUGUUGAAGAUGAUCAUUGUCCACCUGAUGAUCUUUUGUUUUUGCUUCAUACCAUAUAACAUAAACCUGGUGCUCUACUCACUCAUGAGGACUCAAGCUUUCAGCAACUGCUCAGUAAAGGCAGCAGUAAGGACUAUGUACCCCAUCACAUUAUGCAUAGCGGUGUCCAACUGUUGCUUUGACCCUAUUGUUUAUUACUUUACAUCAGAAACCAUACAGAAUUCUAUUAAAAAACGAAACAGACCAAGUAGGAAGGAGUCACGUUAUUUGGACACUUUUGUUACGGAAAAUUUUAUCCAGCAUAACCUACAGACACUGAAGGCUAAAAUAUUUCAAAAUGAAUCUACAAUAUGAUGGGGGUUGCUUCUUAUAGCUUGGAAUGAAAAUGGGUUGCAAAUGAAUCUCAACAUUUAAAAUGGGAAUGCUGUAAUGUUAACACCUACUGAUACAAAUACUUGUGUUAAAAGAGCAUGGGGAAAACUGGAAUAUUAGUGAGAUUUUCUCUAACCUUUUUUUAUGCAGAAAUAGCAAAAUGUAGGCCGGUACUGUUAAAACUUGCACCCCUUGCUGCUCUGUUAAUACAACAAUUAGUAUUAAUAUUUGAUGAAAAAAAAAUGUCACCUAUUCUUAGGCUGUACCUACGUUUUGCAUGAAAAAAACAAGAUGAUACUCCUCUUUAAGGUCUCAUGCAAGAUUGAUGCGGUGUGUGUGUGUGAGAUUUUACAAUAUCUGGCACACAACGAAACUCCUUUAUGAUUCCUGCCUUAGAUAUGUGUUUAUUUAUGACUGCUGUAUGCGUGAGAUGUGUGUGUUUAUUCUUGGGAGACACACAUUACAGGUCUCCAAAGGGUAUGAGCUGAAAAUAUUUUACAUUUCCUUCUUAUAGAAGGUGCACUUUCCAAAGUAUAUUACUGGAAUUAACAUGUUAAAUAUGCUCUUCACAAACACUGCACAUGUUUAUCUAACUAUUGUGCUCUGUAAGGACACUUUCAUCAUCAUGAAUGUAAAUGAAAGCAAAUGUUUUUAUAAAGUUGGCACUUUAAACAGAUGCAUGGGUCAACUUUUUUCGCCAAUUAAACUUGACAAUUAAUAUUGA